AUGUGUGUGCGGCAGACACACAGGAUUGAGGACGCGCUCCUCGCUCGUGCUUUCGUAACCUUAGAGUGCGACACAUCUUCCCUUUCGAACAUUGCAACCACCGCGGCUCGGCCGAAGCCAACAGCGGCGGCUGAGGUAUCCGACUAUCUCAGAGGGACAGAUUCGGGUCCUGGACCAGAGCGGCAGGAACAGGAAGUGCCCCCGAUUGUGGUCAGUGGAAAGUCAAUCUGCGCGGGGUGUCUGCACGUCCUCCGCUCGUCAGGGAAUUCGCUAACGACCAAGAAGGGACGAGGAAUAAUGCGGCUAGCGACACAUUAA